UCUGCAACACAAUCAUGAGAAUCCUGAUCGUGUUACUGCUGGUGGUCGUCGCGGCGGCGCAGCAGAAACGCGAGGCGGACCCUGACGAUGCCUACGGACACGGAAUCGGACACGGUGUCGCUCAUGGAAUCGGACACGGUGUCGGUCUUGGAAUCGGACACGGUGUCGGCCAUGGAAUCGGACACGGGGUCGGCCAUGGAAUCGGACACGGGGUCGGCCAUGGAAUCGGACACGGAGUCGGCCAUGGAAUCGGACACGGUGUCGGCCAUGGAAUCGGACACGGUGUCGGCCAUGGAAUCGGACACGGUGUCGACCACGGGAUCGGGCACGUCGUUAGCCAUGGAAUCGGACACGGUUUAGGCCAUGGAUUCGGACAUGGUCAUAACCUCGGCCAUGGCACUCACUAUGGCUACAAUUAUGGCUUUUCUACUGGCCAUGGUGGCCAUGGGCAUGGUCUAGGUCACGGUGGAGGUCACGAGCUUGGACAUAUUGGUGUAGCUGUCAUGGUCUAG